AUUUCUUCUGCAGUUCUGUACCACCUUCCUGCCUGAUCUCAAUAAUUCUCUUUAAAAAAAAAGAAUAUCUUUACUCGAAAUAUAAUUUUAUUUUUAAUUCUUUUGGGUUAUCUUUUUAAUGGUAAAUUCUUUGCGAGUCAAUUUGCAAUAUAAUCAAACCUAAACACAAUGGCGGAAGAGUCGGAAUAAUUCAGUGAACACCUUUCAGACACGCGAGGGUUCUUGUAAUCGUCGGUAAAAUGUUCACAAACGGUGAAAGGAAUCAAGCAAACGGAUCCAACAACGGGGUAGAGAAUGACAAGCAUCGGCUCAGCUGCGAAUUCAAGGUUUGGUUAAAGAAAAACCUAGGUCAAUCUCCAGCUGUACAGAAAUCAAUCUGGGGAAAGCUUAGAUCCUCAGUGCCUAAACCUCAGUGCCUAAACACAAGAAACACUACUUCGUCAAGCAAUUCCAGAAACGAAGAACAGGAAAUAAAUUCAAAUGGAACGACGAUCAGUCAACACCAAAACACUAGCACUGAGGCAAACUCAACGUCGAAUAACACAGUGGUCCCCCGAGAGUUUUCAAAGCCAGAACCUCCACCCACUGGCGGAGUGUUUGAAAACGAGGUAUUGUCCAUGUCAAAUUUUCUCCGCAAGCAAAACGAGUUAGAUUUCAAAGCCAUUGGCAUUAUCGGAGUUGGGGGUGUUGGGAAAACGGCAUUAUGCCAGAAAAUUCUAGCAGACCAACAGGUGAGGAGCCAUUUCGUCCCAAGGGUCUGGAUAUCUAUGUCGAAAGAAGAGAAAGGAGAGGACCCAGAUCCAAAGACUGCAAUCGUGAAACGACUCUUGGAGAAUCUAGGAGCCGAAGAAAACGUGGUGAAAGGUGAGAAUGAUAUUUCAAAACUACUAUACGCACUUCAUUUGCAGUUGUGGGGGAAGAGAUACCUGGUGGUGCUGGACGAUUGUCGAGAAUCGGAUGGGUUGAAUGAAAGAUUCGAUAGCGUGAUAGGGGGGAAGAAAUGGGGAGAUCAACUUUGUUUAGGGUUUCCAAAAGGGUAUGGAGGAAGAGUUAUAGUGACGAGCAGGAGCAGAGAAGUGGCGAAGAGGCUGGUUGGGGAAGAGAAUUUGCAUGAGCUUCUGCCACUAAGGGAUCCAGGGAGUUGCUGGGAAAUCUACGAGGAGGGAGUUAGGGAAGAAGGAAGCGAAGUUGGGGUUUGUUCUAAUGAAUUAAAGGAAGAACUGAUGAAGAAAUGCGGUGGUUUGCCGAGAGCUGCAAAAGCCAUGGGGAAAAUCAAGGGUCGACAGCUGAAAACCACCGUCACCGCCACCGCCACCGCCACCGCCACCAACCACUUUGUUGUCUAGGGGUACUUUAACCUCUUUCUUUGAAUUUCGAUUGUAUCCCAAAAAAAGAAAACACAGAACACACCAUGUUUCGGCUUUUUGAUCCUGUAUUCUGUAAUAUAUUCUUAAUAUUACCUUCUCCCUAGAACAAGGUAAUGAGAAAGUCUAUUAAAUAAUUCAUAACA